AUGGGUAAAGUGGAAAGUCCAGAAAUUACAAGAAGAGCAACACGAUCGUCUUCUUCGACUGCUGUUACAAGCAAUGAGGUUGAAACGGCAAAAAUAACUGAACCUUAUAAGCCCACACUCAAUGACUUUGUGUUUGGAGGGGAACGACUUAGCUUCGAUGAUUUGCUUUCUAGUUUUCCUAGUAGAGGCAAUCAAAUUCGUGAACUUUUGCGUCUUUUGGGUCCAGUGAAUUCCCCCAUGCUUCCGUUGUUUAUUUAUGGAGGUCCUUCAACUGGGAAAACUAGUACCAUUCUUCAAAUUUUUAGGUACCUCAGUCGUCCUUUUGUUUAUGCUAGCUGUCUUACUUGUUAUAGUCCGCGGAUCUUGUUUGAAUCGGUUUUAAAUCAGUUGUUGCUUCAUAAGAAGAAUGCCGCUAAUCGUUAUUCGAGUGCAAAACACUGUGAUAAGCCAGCUGAUUUUGUUAAUUUUCUUCGUGAAGAUUUGGUGGGUGUAAUUGAAAAUCUCAAGAGGAGUUCAAAGAAAUUGGGUUCAAAUAAGCCAGCUGGAAGGCCUAAUGGGAAUAUGCUCUACCUGAUAUUUGAUAAUUUGGAGCUUAUUCGUGAGUGGGAUAAAAGUUCGAGCAUAUUACCCUUUAUGUUUAAUCUAUAUGAUUUUUUGAAGUUGCAAGAGGUGGGACUCAUAUUUAUUAGUAAUACUUCGCCUGAUACAUACUACUCAAACAUGGGAUAUACAGAGCAUGUUCCAGUUUAUUUUCCUGAAUAUACAGAAGAAGAUCUUCGUCAAAUUUUGACGAGAAACCAAGAAAAUCGGAAGUUGUAUUCCUCUUUUCUUGAUGUUGUCCUGAGACCUUUCUGCAGAACUACUAGAAGAGUGGAUGAAUUAUCAACUGCUUUUUCAGCAUUAUUUAGAAAGUAUUGCGAAUCAUUGAGUGAUUUGGCAUCUGUACCCAAUGAAGAGAUGAAGAGAAGGUUGUUUAGUCAUUUUCAGCCACAUAUUGCCCCUUCCUUAAAUGAAGUAUUCUGGGUUCCAUCUAAAUCUUCGACUGAAGUUGAAAUCAACAAGGAUACGAGGCGGAAAGGCAGCGUUAGAAAGUCACAAGGUUGUGAACAUUUUGCUCAGAUAGAUUUCCAUUUGUCUACUUCUGCAAAAUAUCUUCUCAUUUCAGCAUUCCUUGCUUCAAGAAACCCAGCUACUCUUGAUGCAUCCUUGUUUGAUUCAACUGGAGGAUCUGAUAGUCGCAAAAGAAAGAGGAAGGCCUCUGAAAAAUCAAUGGAACAGAAGGAAGCUGCUGAACAAGAAUUACUUAUGAAAGGGCCUGGAACUUUCCCACUGGAGAGGUUAUUAGCUAUAUUUCAGUGCAUAAUAUCUGUAGCAGAUUCCUUUGAUGAAGAGGAACAUGAAAAUGAUGUAUUAAGAGUUGAAGGGGAUGGUGGACUCAUGUCUGAUGUUCUAUUGCAACUAUCUAGCCUUUGUAAUGCUAAUUUUAUUAUUAAAGGAAAAAGCUGCCCUUUAGAGGGUUCGACUCGGUAUAGAUCUACCAUUUCUGAAGAUUUGGCCUUGAAGGUAGCAAGGAGCCUGAAGUUCCCUUUACCAAAUUACUUGUACAGAAGAUAA